UCCAAUCACCACGGCACCACCACCACUAAUCAAAGAAAAAUGCAGGUAGCUGUACUGAAAUUGGGUCUUUGUUGUGAAAAAACCAAAAAAAAAGCUAUGUCCACUGUAUGUGGUCUCUCAGGAGUUAAUGCAGUGGACGUGAAAGACGGUAAACUAACCGUGACCGGAGAGAUUGAUGCCUAUAUAGUUGUGAAGAAAUUGAAGAAGGUAUGUUUUACCGAGAUUAUCUCGGUUGGACCGGUUAAGGAACCAGAGAAGAAGCCACCUGAACCGAAGAAACCUGAUGAACCGAAACCACCAGAAGUGAUUUGUCAUUAUGUCCCUUCACCAUGUCCACCACCUUAUUACCCAUAUUACAGAUGUGGCAAUGACGAUCCCAAUGCAUGCGUCACCUCUUGAAAGCAAUAUUAUUUUUGGUCGGAUCAGUUUUGUUAGCAAGAACAGUCCCAUCACUAUUCACUUAUCAGCUUCGUCGUAGAUUCGUCGUCAAUGUCUUUUGUUGUUUAGCUGGUCCGGUCUAAACCAUAAUAUACUCUACAUGACUAAACCAUAAUAUACUCUGUAUUACCCGAUUAACUGGAAUUGUUUUGUUUAUAAACUUAGGUUAAUACAU